UUUGGAUGAGGUAAGUAAAUAAUGAUGAAAAAGUGCAACUAGAAAAUGAAGCUGAACCUUUCCCUUCAUAUUGUUGAUUGAAACUUGAUUCAUUCUGUUGGAAUGCUAUCAUCCACCCAACACUACAUCACUGAUUUUAUAACCACUCUGAGAACUGAACGUAUCAGAGCACGAGAAGGGUUCACAAUUGGUCGGUGUUAAGUCAGACCGGACCAUGCGACAUUUUUCUGAUUUGGAGAAAAACGAGCUUGAAGUUUGGCGCUAUAAGAUGCCUUCAUUGAGCAUCCAAAACAAUUUCAAUACGUUGUUCGUGCUGUACGCAUUAUUUUCCAAAUCUGAUAAGUGUGGUAUAUAGCCUACGUAAUGCUUAACCAAAUGCAAUCAAUAACUCGAAAUUUUUGAUUUUGCGACUUGGUCCCCUCUGACUUUACACCGACCGGUAACGGCUGUGAGUGCCAUGUAUGAACUGCCACACAAAUGAAACACGAAUUUCUGCAUUACUCGAGAAUAAAUCAAGCAAAUGAAACCAAAUUUUGCAUGUUAACGUUUUAGGGUGCAAUAAAUGUUUUUAUGAUGGUUUGACUCUCCACUCCCCUCUUUAAGGGGGGAGGGGGGCUGCCAUACAAAUGAAACACAAAUUUCUGCAUAACUCGAGAGCUAAUCAAGCACAAUUUGAGAUGUGAGGGUUUUUGGGUGUGAGAAAUGUUUCUAUGACGGUUGACACCUUUCCCUCCUCUGGAAUGGAGAGGGGGUCCCAUAAAUAUAUUACACAUAUUUCAACCAAAAAUAUUCCGACCAAACAUGACAAUUGAAAAUAUAUUCCAUGUAACGGAGAAACAUGUUAUUGCAAGUGGUUGAAAAAUCUUGAACGGGAAUUGUGUCUGAAAAUAAUCUGAUAUUAUAAUGAUGUUGUUAGAAAUACUAGGAAUUUUAUAGUAAAAGGUAAAUUCAACGGGGUCGAAUAGAAGAUCAAUCAAUGAACAGUUCUGCGAUUGGACCCAUGAACUUGCUCAUAGUAAGAAAACGUGAAUGUUUGAAGGUAUUGAUAACGAAAAACAAAUUUUGGGCGAGACGAAGUUUGCCGGGUCAGCUAGUGUUAGAAUAAAUGUAAAUAGUCGUUUAAAAUAAACGUUGUCUGUGCUGUUGUUACGAAGUGCGUGGUCAUUUAUUCAUCAGUAAUUUACAUCAUUCGAAUUGUGCAAUAAUUGCACACAACCAACAAUUAAACGAGUGUGCAGUGUACAGUCUGCGCAAAAGGAGUUUGGGUGGAGUUGAACACAAUCAGAAUCCGGAAUCAUAAACCCAGUUAUAUCUCGGGAUUGGUUGAAUGUACAAAAAAUGUUUUUAUAUCAGAAUAUAGAUAGAAUAUCCUAGAAAUUGUUCUUUAUUAUAUAUAGAAAUUAUUAAUUUUCGUAAUUUUCUUCGGGUACUCUUCAUCAAAGUUUAGACUCUCUGUUUGCGGCCUCAGCGGCCAUUUCAUUCCACGAUCUUCAUGUCUGCAGCAUCCCUAGUCACUUUGGCACAAAUUCCGCCUCACAAUUGCCCAAGAUUUUUCUAUUAGGCGGAAUUGGGGGCAAUUGGUAGGAUCGAGGUUUUUUACAAUGUCGCGGGGAUACCAUUGUUACGGGGUACCACUGAAGCACCUCUCGACUGUAGCGGCAGCUUACAGGCACUCUCCCCUAUACAUUUUCGAGUCCAUUGUCUUUUUUGUGACGAAAGCCUUGGUCUCACCCAAGGCGCUUAUAUCAAUGUAUAACAGGUGAAGCAACAUCAUCACUUCAAAAGAAGGGGAUUUCGGUUUGUGGAGCGGGGGUUGUUUGUUUUGUUAUUGCUAGGAUACGCCAUUUUUGCAUUCACAUGCGUGAGUAGUGGAUAUGAGAAUGAGAUUCUACAAAAUCAUUCUUCCUUUUUCACAUAAAUUCGCGAAACCCGAGCAUAGUAGGCAUCGUUCGAAUAAGCGUCGUAGCAGUUUGUAUAGAGCCGCCGGCAGCGUUCUGAUGCUGUUUGUAAACAAUACCGACAGCAUUUCCAAUAUGGCUGAAACUGCAUUUCAUAUGAUUGUUUCACUUGGUACAUAUAGAGGCGCCUUGGUCUCACCUUGGCUUCCGAACGUAUGUUUCACUAAGACGCUCCUUUGAUCCAUCAGAACAACACUUGCAUGUUCACAAAAACGUUAUGUACAUCAUACACUGUCGAUUUGACCACCUUCAGCGAUUUCGUGAUUUGAGUACCUGACCACGAUUUUUAAUGUUUGUAUCAAAAAUCGAAUUUCUUCUCUCGGCAUCUAUCCUGCACAACUUUUUUCAAAACGAAACGGAUUAAUGUGAAAUUUUCACCGUGGAACGAAGGUGAACGUGAUGAAUUAUAGAGGUUUUAAACUUUUCAGUUCAUUCGCCUCUAUCACCGUGGAAAAAUACAGGUUUUCCAAAUUAUUUGUUGUCAAAGUCAUGUUACGCACACUACGACCGCUGGUAUAAAAUUAACUGAAAUUCCGAAUUCUUACUGAAUCUAAUCCUAAGAGUAAAUAGAUAAAAUGACUGCCUGCACAUUUAUUUUUCGGCACAAAUGCUCAAGCCAUAUUGCGGAGCAUGUAAUGCAAAAAUGCAAAUUUCAUCUGGCAGUCCUGGGUAUGGGCCAUGGUUACAGACAUGGGAUUUGGAUCUAAAUCAGAGUGGGAGAAUGGAAUCCGGUCUAUUGUUGUACUAUUUUCAUUUUGACAUCCAUUGCAUUGUGUUACAUGAUUUGUUGUGAUUUCGAUGAAAAUUUAAUACAAGUGAUGUGGUUUUUUUUCUAUUGAAUUAUGAAAAUAAACUCGGAAAAUUAUUGAAAAUUAUUAUGUUAUGCUGGAAUUUUACUACAAAAAUACUGAAAUAUCGGUAAAUUGCGGCUUGGUCAAUCAUCGUCGCGUGUAGACUUGUAUUUUUGUGUACUAAAGAAGCGAUCCAAAAAGACGUGCGCGGUUGAUUUGAGCGAAAAAAGAUUUUAAAUAUAAAAGGUAGUGAUUUAGUAUUGUGAAAAAUGCGAAAUGUGUUUCGAAAUUAAUAUUUAAUUUUCGUCCGGUUUAGCUUGGAGCGCUGCUGGAUGGACGAUAUGCUUUUCGGAUUAAUUCAAAUUAAACUGACCGUCUGUCGGGAUCACUGGGAUGUGUGACAACAGGAAACGAUGAGGGAGAGAUCACAUACGGCAACAUUGUGCGGAAAAGAUCGUGAAGCAUCUGAAACCAUUGCCUAACCAGGAUUGAUGCCCAGGAAGAUCCUCACAGAUGCACGAUGCAUCGACAAUACAGUUGCUAACCGUUAAACCCGCUUGAACCCAUUGAUUCAUUUACAAGCCGGUAUCCCGUUUUUAAAUUGAUUGGAACGCGCUGAUUUUUUCACUUAAUGUCUCACUUAAUGGAUUAACAGUAAUCUCUGUGUGUUCACUGAGAAUCCAGCUUUUGCUUUGGCUAACAGCCAUUCGACUAUUCUUCCUUCUAUGGUAACGAGAACGGUUGCUUUUUUUCUGGUCGUGGUCUGGAAAACUUUCCCAAGACCUUCUCGCGCAUUGUUGAAUACGGAAUUCCGUGGAAUUUGGUCGUCUUUCGAACGGUUAAUUCGGUUCUUACCAUUUCCACAGCGUUUGCAUGCGUUUCUGACCGGCGUUUGUUUUUGCUACCUUGGCUACCAUGACUGUUGAUAGAUCACAGUAGCCAUGCCAGAAGCAGGAGUGACAUGCUUUUAGAUUUAUGCUUAUUCUAGUUUUACCUUCCAACUAAUAAAGACAUGAAAUCCUCAAGCUCUCAUAAUUUAUUUGACUACUGAGAAGGUAACAUUUUUGGCGACGAGGUUGAAGCCUGAAGAUUCUUCCGAGAUGACCACCGAAUAUGGAACUCAAGCCGGAUCUGAAGCUGGAGCAAGUGGAGGAGAAAUUCCGUUGUCCGUUGUGAUGCAGCAAAUGGCCGAGCAAAACAGCCGUUUGAUGAAGUUACUGGAACAGUUCACCGGUAACCAAGCAACGUCAACACAGCAAAACGCUCCAGAGAAAAUUCUCGAAUCCCUUGCGACCAACCUUAAGGAGUUUCACUUCGAUCCGGAAAACGGGUUGACUUUCGAUCGCUGGUUUUCUAAGUACGAGGAUCUAUUCAGGCAGGAUGGCAGAAGCUUGGACGAUGCCGCGAAGGUUAGACUUUUGCUGCGGAGUCUCAGUGUUCAGGUGCACGAGAAAUUCCUCAACUACCUGCUGCCGUCCCACCCACGCGAUUUCACCUUCGACGAAGUUGUAGACGAGAUGAAGCAGAUUUUUGGUCAGCAUAAAUCUCUGUUCAGCAAGCGCUACGACUGCCUCAAUAUUGAGAAGAACGAAGCCGACGAUUUCGUAACGUAUGCUGGAAUCGUCAACCGUCAAUGUGAGGAUUUUGAACUUCAGAAGCUCACCGUGGAUCAGUUCAAGAGCUUGGUGUUCAUCUGCGGUUUCAAGUCAUCGAAGGACACCGACGUCAGGACCCGACUUCUGUCGAAGCUCGAGUCCGAUCAAGCUGAAACCAUCAACCUGGCAGGACUGGUCACCGAGUGCCAACGACUGUCGAAUCUUAAACACGACACGGCGUUGGUCGAGAAGAAACCGACAUCUUCAGCGGUCCAGGCAGUUCGGCAGUCAAAAAAGCAGCCGAACAACCAGAUGAAGUCAUCAGCAGACAUCAAGACACCUCCAUCACCAUGUUGGCAAUGCGGCGCAAUGCAUUUUGUGAAGGACUGCACAUUUUCUAAGCACACCUGCAAACAAUGCGGGAAAGUGGGCCACAAAGACGGCUACUGUGGUUGUUUUUCCAAGUCAUCGACUACGGAGUCGAAAGCUGGUUCCAAGAAGAAGAAGCCUUUCAACACGAAGGUUAUUCAAAUCGUGAAGCAGGUUCGUAGCUGUAGAAGGUUCAUCACCGUCAAUUUCAACGGAAAAUCGGCCGAGCUCCAAUUGGACUCUGGUUCCGACAUCACCGUUAUCAGCACACACACGUGGAAAAUGAUUGGCUCACCGUCAUCAACGGUGACUAGCGUAGAAGCAUCAACAGCAUCAAGGGAACCACUCGAAUUGGUUGGCGAAUUCACCUGCCCGGUUACUAUCGGGAAAACUACGAAGGCAUCGGUCUGCUACAUCACAUUAGUUGAAGAUCUGAACGUCAUCGGACUGGACUGGUUGGACGCGUUUGACUUAUGGUCGAAGCCGCUUGCUGCCAACUGCAAACAGGUGAAUCUUUCCAAUUUUUCACUUUCCUCUGAUCAGCACUUCCUUAAGCAAUAUCCUGAAGUUUUUCAAGAUGGUUUGGGCCACUGCAUGAAGACGAAAAUUUCACUGUCUCUGAAGCCGGAUGCCCAACCCGUUUUCCGACCAAAGCGACCGGUGCCUUUUAAUGCCAUCCAAAAGGUAGAAGAGGAGCUGGAUCGACUCGAGCGGUUGGACAUCAUCUCGCCGGUCGAUUUUUCGGACUGGGCAGCACCCAUCGUCGUUGUCAAGAAACCGGGGGGAAAAGUGCGUGUAUGUGCCGAUUACUCGACUGGGCUCAACGCAGCACUGGAGACCAACAACCACCCUCUUCCUACCCCGGAGGAGAUCUUCAGCAAGCUAUCCGGCAGUCAAGUCUUCAGCAUCAUCGACCUGUCGGAUGCCUACCUUCAGGUGGAGGUCGAUGACGAAUACAAGAAGCUGUUGACGAUUAACACCCACCGUGGGUUAUUCCGUUUCAACCGAUUGACUCCAGGGGUCAAGUCAGCACCCGGUGCAUUCCAGCAGCUAAUGGCGAAAAUGGUUUCGGGUCUACGUGGUGUGGAAGUUUUCCUCGACGAUAUUCUGGUGCACAGCAAGACUCUCGUGGAUCAUAACCGAAUCAUCCACAUGCUUUUCAACCGUCUGCGUGACUAUGGAUUCCGUCUACGUGUGGAGAAGUGCCGAUUCCACCAGGAUCAAAUCAAGUACCUUGGACAUAUCGUUUCUGCUAAAGGUAUCCAACCCGAUCCAGCCAAGAUUGCAGCCAUUUCGGAAAUGCCCGCACCAACCGACGUUCCCACCUUGCGCUCGUUCUUAGGUGCAGUCAACUUUUACGGCAAAUUCGUCCGCGAGAUGCACCAACUACGCCAUCCGCUAGACAACCUUCUGAAAAAGGACACGAAGUUCGAUUGGAGUAAGGAGUGUCAGCACGCUUUCCAAAACAUCAAAAAAGUGCUACAAUCUGGUCUGUUGCUCACCCACUACAAUCCAGAGCAAGAGAUUAUCGUGGCAGGAGAUGCGUCAAAAACUGGCAUUGGUGCAGUUAUUCUUCAUCGUUUUCCGAACGGCAUCAUCAAGGCUGUGUCACAUGCAUCGAGAUCGCUGACUGUAGCAGAGCAGAACUAUAGCCAAAUCGAAAAAGAAGCGUUGGCAUUGGUUUUUGCUUGCACGAAGUUCCAUCGUUUGCUGUGGGGUAGCCGGUUCACGCUUCAAACGGACCAUCAACCAUUGCUGAGAAUUUUCGGAUCCUAAAAGGGCAUUCCUGUACAUACCGCAAAUCGGCUCCAACGAUGGGCCCUGACACUUUUGGGAUACGAUUUCAACAUCGAAUACGUAUCAACUCAAGAUUUCGGUUACGCUGACGUACUUUCCCGGCUUAUCAACAACCAUCCGAAACCCGACGAAGAAGCAGUCAUCGCUAUGGUUCGAGUCGAAGAUGACGUUAGUUCCUGUUUCCAUGACUCUAUUCAAGAUCUUCCAGUCACCCACAAGAGCCUGAAGAUCGCCACUAAGAAGGAUGCCGUGCUCCAGAAGGUAAUUUCUUACACACAAGGUUCCUGGCCAUCACGGUGCGAAGGUAUCGAAGAUGUAGAAGUUCGAUCUUUCUUCAGCCGUCGAGAUUCCUACUCCGUAAUUGACGACUGUAUCAUGAUGGCGGAUCGAAUUGUAGUUCCCAAAAGCCUGCAGAAAAGGAUCCUCAAGCAAGUUCACCAAGGACAUCCUGGCAUCGAACGGGCAAAAGCUAUCGCUCGUGGAAUCGUUUUCUGGCCGACAAUAGAUGAAGACAUCACCAACUACGUUCGUAGAUGCCCAAGCUGUGCGAAUGCUGCAAAAUCUCCACCACAUGCUCAACCACAACCGUGGCCUCGAGCUGAAGGACCCUGGCAACGACUCCACAUCGAUUUCGCUGGACCUGUGGAUGGAGAAUACUAUUUAGUUGUGGUGGAUUCUUUCUCAAAGUGGCCGGAAAUACUGCAAACUCGUUACCCGACUACUUCCACAACGACUACAUUUCUUCGAGAAUGCUUCGCAAGAUUUGGAAUUUCUACAGUCAUUGUGUCGGACAAUGGAAGCCAGUUCACCAGUGCUGAAUUCCGUGAUUUCUGCGAAGAAUUUGGGAUCGUCCAUUUCCGUACAGCUCCGUAUCAUCCACAAUCAAACGGGCAAGCGGAGAGGUUUGUGGACACCUUGAAGAGAUCGCUGAAGAAAAUUGUCGACGGAGGAGAGAAGUCAACCCUUACUGCGCUUCAAAUGUUCCUGUACGUCUACAGAUCCACUCCAUCAGCGGUUCUGAGUGGACAAUCUCCAGCCGAGGUAAUGCUUGGACGCAAGAUGAGGACAACUUUGGACCUGUUACGACCGUCACCCAAACCAGAAUUUCACCCGCAACAUCAACCAGUCAAGCGAAGUUUCCUAGCUGGUGCUCGAGUUUAUGCCAAAGUCUACUCUGCAAACGAUAAGUGGAAGUGGAUGCCCGGUAUUGUGCUCGAAGCUAUUGGCAACGUCAACUACAACAUAUUAUUGGACUGCCAAGUUGGUCGACGCAAAGUGCUACGUUCGCACAUUGAUCAACUCCGAACGGGAAUGGAAGAAGUUGCUCCUGCACCAGCACCAUUAUCUAUCUUGAUUGACGACUUUGGACUUACUCCAGCUGAACCAACACCUCAGCUGGACAGAACCCAAUCUUCGAUCCAGAACGAUCAACCAACACCUAAUGAAGUCCUGAACUUGGAUCAACCAACAUCUGAUGAGGAGCACGUUGAGUCAGCCGAGGUUCUUGAUCUUCAAGAUACGUUGUCGAGUGAAGGAGAUGAAACUCUACUGUCAAUGGAUGUUCCCCAGCCGAUUCUGACAUCGACACCUUUGCAACGUCCCGUGCGAUCAACCCGGCCACCAAUCAAGUUUCAACAUUACCACUGCUACCAAAUUAGAGGGGGAGAUGCUACCUUGGCUACCAUGACUGUUGAUAGAUCACAGUAGCCAUGCCAGAAGCAGGAGUGACAUGCUUUUAGAUUUAUGCUUAUUCUAGUUUUACCUUCCAACUAAUAAAGACAUGAAAUCCUCAAGCUCUCAUAAUUUAUUUGACUACUGAGAAGGUAACAGUUUUAUUCAUCGCAAUAUAGCAAAUGAGAUCUGUUGGGUGGAAUAACAAACAAUUAGAAAUAUCCUUGUUCCAGCCAUGUUUAUUGUGGUGAUAACUUAUCGAAAUCUCAAGAAAAAGAUAUCAACAAACUUAAAAUCAGAGCAGUGCCCCUGUAUCCUUCAAUUUUUAUUUCCUUCGGAGAUUUUCAAUCGUUCUCACUUUGUAAAUUGAUAACAGUGCACAAUGCUGUUAGCCACUUUGCUAAGGAAAACAACAAAUAUGACGAAUGACAGUGCGACGACCGAUAUCGGUUGCCAAUUUUUCAAAUAGUUAUAGUUUAGUGAGUAUACACAAAUAUAAUUUAUCAGAAAUAACAAGAUAGCUUGUGAGAAAAACAGUAUUUUAUGUCAAGUGAGCGGAAUUAUGCAUUGGCUGGUAUAAGGGAGCUUCACGGUAUUUAAAGGAAAAAAAGAGCGAGAAAUCAAUUGUAAGGUAUCGUCUCAGGAACUUUCCAGCUGAGUACUUGCAACGUGUCAUCAUCUUGCUGUUUUGAACGUUUUCAAACUAGUGAAACGAUUCAUUUCUUUUACCAGCCUAUGUUUAUGCUACAUUCUAUAUUAUUUUCA